AUGUCUAAAAAACCCGAGGAUAUAGUUGUGUCGGGAAUGUCGGGUCGGUUCCCGCUUUCAGUCAAUACGGAUGAGUUCGCAAAGAAUCUGUUCUCAGGCGUGGAUAUGGUUACAGAAGAUGACAGUCGAUGGCCAAUAGGUUUGUACGACAUGUCCGGCCGAAUGGGGAAAUUGGAUUGUUAUAAGGACUUUGACUCUCCAUUCUUUGGGCUCAACGACCAGAUCAUAGCCGAGUCUGACCCACAGGCCAGGUUGCUUCUCGAAGUGGCCUACGAGGCUAUGAUGGACGCAGGUGUGAAUCCCCAGGAGUUGAGGGGAACAAAGACUGGAGUAUACGUUGGAGUUUCCAUUUACUCCAUGACUGACGGCUACCCCGAAGACGGACAGCCGGACUUACACGAGAGUAUGCAAACUCUUAUGGUUCAGACACUCGCCAAUAUGAAGACCCUCUACUCCAGCCGUAUAUCAUUUGCUAAUGACUUUAAGGGCCCGUGUCUUGUGGUGGACACCGCCUGCUCGGCCAGUCUUAGCGCACUCACACUGGCCUGCAAUGAUUUGCUGCUAGGCAAUACGGACUACGCGAUAGUGUGCGGCACUCAUAUGGAUUUCGAGCCGUUUAUCUUUCAGUUUCAACAAGAGUUGGGUAUUUGUUCGCCGGACGGUAUGUCCCGUGUGUUGGACGCCGCGGCCAAUGGCUUUGUGAAGGCAGAGGCCGUGUGCUGUGUAUUCCUACAGCGCCGUCAGUGCGCCCGCCGUCUGUACGGACACAUAUUGACGGCCAGAAUGAAUGUCGACGGACACAAAAAGAUGGGAAUGCAACGCCGUCUGUACGGACACAUAUUGACGGCCAGAAUGAAUGUCGACGGACACAAAAAGAUGGGAAUGUUUUUCCCCUCGUCUGAGGCUCAGGAGGAACUGAUGCGCAUGACGUACACCGACGCAGGCAUUGAUCCUAAAAAGAUGACGUUCUUUGAAGCCCACGCCACCGGUACCAAGGUGAAUUACAUGCAUAGUUGCUACAAUUAA